GACGGUCUUGAAGCGCUCGCUGAGGGGAGAAAAAAAGGAAAAAAAAAAAAACGAAGAAAAAAACCCUGACCGAAGGGUUUCGCUGCUGGAUUUGGACAAAGUUUCCCAACUGUGUCGACCCGAAGAGGCUUCGAGGGUCGACGGGGAAUCGAUUUUACCGAAAUAAUGGACGAUUCCCAUUUCAACUCAUCAUACUUUUGGUCUCCCGUCCCAACUGUUCAAGGACAGAUUGAGAACGCCAUGUUCCUGAACAAGGCCAAGGAGCAGCUGGGUCCUGAGAAGGCCAGCGCUCCUUCCUUCCCUCACCCCUCCACGUCUACAAACUCCUCCCCCCACUACCCCACAGCUGUGCUUGCCAUCCCCAGCUCAGUGGAUGCAGGGAUGGUGCGGGUGGUCCCCAAACAGGAAGGAGGUGGGAGUGGUGCAGGAGGAGGAGGCGGCGGUGGUGGUGGCGGCGGCGGCACAGCCUUGAGUGCAGUCACAGGACACCUCCACCAGUCACACACCUCCCAGAACGUCACUGUUGUGCCUGUUCCUUCCACGGGUAUCAUGACUGCAGCGGGGUUAGUCAUCACCACUCCUCAAGGCACGCUGGUCCCCACUGCCUCCACACAGUCAUUUGCAGCCGGUCAUCCCGCUGCCACCACCAUGAUCGUGUCUGCGGUGCAUCCCUCAAAUGCAGACAAGAAGGAGGACAUUGCCAUUCCUCCUGCAGUUGUCAUGCCAACACCGUCAAAGCGCGGAAGGAAAAGCAAGCAGGUGAUGGGCAGACUAGGUGGAGUCCUCCCUCCAGGAAGUGAUGCCUUGAUAUUGGCGCACCUUGCCGCCACUGGACAGCACCAUACAGCUGAUCCAUACGACCUGUCCAACGAUGAAGAUGAUCAUGCCAGCAAAGAUGGCCCCAAAUCCUACAGGUGUCGGAUGUGCGCAUUGACGUUUUUCAGCAAGUCGGAUAUGCAGAUCCACGCCAAGUCCCACACCGAGGCAAAGCCCCACAAGUGCCCCCACUGUUCAAAGUCCUUUGCCAACUCCAGCUACCUGUCACAACACAUCCGCAUCCACAGUGGAGCCAAACCCUACACCUGCACCUACUGCCAGAAAACCUUCAGGCAGCUCAGUCACCUACAGCAGCACACACGAAACCACACUGAGGCCAAGCCCCACAAGUGUCCGCACUGCUCCAAGUCGUUCGCCAACUCCAGCUACCUGUCCCAGCACAUGCGCAUCCACACGGGAGCCAAACCCUACACCUGCUCCUACUGCCAGAAAACAUUCAGGCAGCUCAGUCACCUACAGCAGCACACACGGAUUCACACCGGCGACCGGCCGUACAAGUGUAACCAUCCUGGUUGUGAGAAAGCGUUCACUCAGUUAUCCAACCUACAGUCUCACCGUCGGCAGCACAACAAAGACAAGCCGUACAAGUGCCAUAACUGUAACCGUGGUUACACGGACGCUGCCAGUCUGGAGGUGCACCUGUCCACUCACACAGUCAAACAUGCCAAGCUGUUCUCCUGUGGCCUCUGUAACCGUUCCUAUACCUCGGAGACGUACCUCAUGAAACACAUGAGGAAACACAACCCCGACCCGCUGACCGUGGCAGCGACCGUCGCCGCUCAGCAGGCCCAGGGCCUGACGCCGGGUGGAGGAGGGGGCCGCGGGCGAGGCCGCGGGCGAGGCAGAGGAGGCGCGGGGCGAGGAGCUCAGCUUCAAAACCAGCAGAACCCAAACAGCACCGGCCAGAAUCCAAACUCCAGACCCACCAGCAGCUACCCACUACCCCAGCAGCCCACAGAAGCUGUGGUUCCGUGUCCAUUCGACCUGCACCAGUACAAGACAGUGGCAGCCAGCGAGAUCCAGUACAAACCAGUCACUGUGGGAGACCUGCCAGUGACCCACAAAGACCUUUGCCUCACUGUCUCCACAUCGGCCAUCCAGGUGGAACACAUGAACUCGUAAGCUGAAGACAGUGUAAAAAUCUACAUGUGAACAAGUAAUUUAGUUGUAUUCAGUCAUAUGUGCUUCUUAAAAGUUUAAAAAAAAAAAAAGGCUGAAAGAAGUUGGAAAAAUGUAAAUUUUUUUCUUUGUGUAUAUCUCGCUUUUAAAAAAAAUUCUUAAAGCCUUUAGAAGGCGGAUUCAAAGUUGAACAUACUGUUCACACAGUUGCCAUUAUUUGACAGGCAAAAACUGAAAAUGGUUCACCUCAACACAUUUUAUAUACAGUAUAUUGCUGUUUUUCUUAAAAAUAAGAGAUGUGGCGAUUCAUGUGGUGUUGAAUUUUAGCGGCAGCUGAAGUGUAUUUGUUGAGCACAAAAAAUACUGAAAUUUAAAGAAGUUGUACUUAAAAAGAGAUUUUUUUCUUUACAGUAUAUUGAUACCUUUUGUUGAAACAUUUGGUGAUAUUACAUUCCAAAACCUGUAGAAAAAUGUGAUUCACUGGCUUUUUGGUGAGUGACAGUAAAGUUAAAGUUGCAGUACUUUUUUUUUUUUUUUAUUGGAUUUUAAGAAGCUUGACUGUUUAAUUCUGAAUACAACCUUAAAUUACUUGUUCAAUAUUUUGACAGUGUUUCUCGCUUCCUAGGCUUAUGUGUGCCAAGCAACUCCGAGCAGAAUUGCUGGUCUCAUUGCUGGAGACACAUUCCAGGACUUUCAGAAAAAUCUAUUAAAAAAAAACAAAACAAAACAGAUUUUCAUCCUUGGCGCCUUUUCUCAGAUUCAUUUUUGUUUUUGUUUUUUGGGCCAUUUUCUACCAGCUGACACCUUUCUGCUCUGUUUUCUGAAUUUAUCCGAGCUAAACGAGCGGCGCGCUCAUCGGUUUGUUGCACAGGACGCUUUGUCAGACAAACUGAUUGCAGACCAGCAGUCCUGCACAGAGCAUCUCGAGGAGGAGGAGAAGGCUCCCUGGUGUCCGUUCUCCUCGUGUCCAUCAUGUUCUUUGCAGCAGACGUCAGAGGAUGAAGGCCGCUCAGACUGGUGGAAAAACGUAGUCGGCACCUCCGCAUACGGAACCCAUCUACUUCCUGAACGCUAUAAUGUGAACAUCCUACAGCGUUUCAGUAAAAAGCAAAAAACAAGCAGAGGAGAUAAUCCACUGAAGAAGAAAAUGAGAACUGUGGCAGAAAUCAAUUUAUCUGACUUUUGGUCGACACUGUCGAGGUGCUACGGACUAACAGAAUCAGAUCGGCUGAAUUCUAAACCUGAGAAUCAACCACAGGAUGAGCAGGAAGGAAAUGAUGUGGCGCACUGUGGGACAUGGCUAAAGCUUAGUGCUGUAUCUAAAAAAUGGUGUAUGCUGUACUUAUUUAUGCCUGCCUCCCUGCAGAGAGCGAGGGGCUUUUUUUUUUGUUUCUUUCUAAAUGGUGGAACCCAAAGUAUUGAACAAAUGAGAUGGAACGCUUCAAUGCGAGGAUGGAUUGGGACUGAUGGAGACAUAAAGAACAGAGUGGGAGGGGUGAUAAAGAAAGCACUUGAUGAAGCUCGAACUUCACCGCCUACGUUUGCCAUCCUUAUGCUUUUUUUAAAUAUAAAUAUAUAUAUCAUAUGUAUGUAUUUUUCUACCAACAGAGGAACAUGUGAACCAAACUAAGCAAAGUGAGUGCAUGAAUGUGUCUGCAAGAAAAAGUCCCAACAGUCUGAUUUUACCACAAACUUUUUUUUGUUACUCUUCAAAGAAAAUGGGGAAAAAAAUGUGUGUACUCUGUAAAGAGCCAGAAUCAGAAUUUUUUUAAAAAAGAAAUGACUGCGUGACAACAAUGGUGGACCGGUACUGUUAUUAGAUUUUUUUUUGUUUUGUUUUUAAGAAUGUUUCAUAUUAUUGUUACUACUUUCAUUACUAUGACUGUAUUGCAAAUGUUAUCCAUAUUAAUAUGAGUCUGAGGCAUUGUAUUUCAGUAUGCUGUACAUAAAAUAGGUAGAAAAGACAUUUUCAUCUGUAAAAGGGAUGUGUGUCCUGUGUAAAGCAUAAUGACAAACACCAGAAGUAGCAAAUGAUUGGAGCGUGAUCCAAGUCACUGUUGACAGCCACCACAUGGAUAUAAAAACUACACAUUUUUCUUAGAAAAUCUGCAAAAACAACAAUAACACAUCAGGUGGUAAAAUGUUUGGAAACUGAAGUGGAAUUUUGGUCUAUUCAAGGGUAUUUCAAAAGUUGUUUGGCACCUUCUCCUGCACACUUGGAAUAAAUGUGCAACUCCAAAAUGGGUUGAAAGCUAAUGACCCUGGACUGUAAAAGAUCAGAAGAUGCCUGAUGCAAAGCAGGAUAUAUUCAGUCUGUUCAUUUGUUCAUGAUGUUUGUCCAUGCAUUGACAAACAUACUGACAUUUGAUCUUUGACCUCAGAAAGUCAGCCCGGGAUAAAAGACUGGAAGAAAUAGUAGAAAUUUAGCAAUUUGUUAAGGUCCAAUACAUUCUGCAGGUUGGUGCCAGUGUAAUGGAUUUGGUGACACUGAGAUAACGCCUUUUAUAACUUUUGUAAAAAGUAUUUUGAUUAUGUUGUGAGCCGGGUGACCUGGAACACUGCUCCAUGUCUUUUUGCACAAAUUAUUGCUACCCAAUCCAAAUUCUCGAGCAGCCUGGAAAUGGCUGAUUUCUCUUUAAUGUAUACUCCUCCUUGUAUUUCUUGUCUUUUUAUGAAAAAUAAUGCAUUCUCAAUAUUCUUGUUGAUGUUAUUACUGAAACUCCUGACAGUUAUUAACACCCUCUUACACUCUUGCAUACUGUGUGCACAGUUCUUGCUCAUCUGAACAGACUGUUUCUUCCAGCAAGGAGAAUAAAGUUGGAAAACAGUUGA